GAAAUAUGGAUAGAGUAAGAUUAUCUUAUAAGAAAAAUGAAAAAGUUGUGUUGGCACAUUUCACAAAUGGCAAAAUAGCUGAUACAUGUGCAAAGAAGAUACACUUUGGAUACUUUCAAGGAGAUCAAGAUGACAGAAAAUAUAAGGACAAGAAGAUGUUGGUUGCAGAGACCAGUGAAAUGUCAUAUGUAGGACAGAAUUAUGGUCCUCUAGCCAGUACAGUACAGAGAAACUGCAAGUAUUAUGUUGGUGUCUUAGACAAAACAACAGGGAAGAUGAGGAUAUGUGAUGCAGAAAUCUUUCAAAUGCACCCCAAACCUUCAGAUAUUGAUGAUGAUGAAGAGAAACUUGUAUUACCCUCGUCAGUUUCAGAAAAGAGUUUUAAAGAACAGAAUGACAUGCUUACAAGUGCCUUUGGAAGCAAAAAGAAGCAGAGAGCAUUGGAAUCAAGGCUGAAAAACCAGAUCAAGGGGAAAGCGCUAGAUAAAGCCCUAAGCUCCGUCAUUAGUCAGGCCUCUACGUUAAAACCAGUACAAGUGGAAGACAAUGACACAAAUCCAGACUACGCCAUUAUCCCUCCGAUGAACAAGGAGGCAGCCACACCUAGAGAGGUCUAUAACAUGGACGACAUUGUCCAUCCUAAUGAUAAACAGUCAACAGAAGAGGCAUCCAGGGUUUUCUUUGAUGCCACAAUAGAUGAUAUCCAGCAGUGGAGAAAAGAAAAUAAGUAUCCACAACAAAUACUAUCCCUGUUAAGUAGAAUGUCAAAGUCCGAGGAGCGCCGAACAGAGCAGGCAAUAUAUAUCACAUACUUGUACUACCUUAUACACCUUCACAACCUUAAACACAAGCAGCUUAGAGAGAAAGACCCCCUUCCUAAAGAGUGGCCAGAACCCGUCAGGUUUCACAUACUGAAGAAAUUUACACAGGGGGUCGGUGCCAGACAAAGAGUCUUCACUGCCAGACUGAAGGAUAAACUGGUAUCCUCUAUAUUGGUUCUCUGCCUGUACCUGGAAGAAUUUUCCAUGGAUCUAACAAGCCUUCAGAAAGACCUAAACAAAACACAUGAAAAACUGACGAGGCACUGCCAGGUUCUUGGAUGCACCACAAAAUCUAAGAAACUUGACACAGAUGACGGGGGCCUUAUUGAACGCUGGGCAACCCUCUCCCUCCCCCUCAAUCUGCCUCCACAAAAAGGGGGAAAACGAAAAUCUUCUAGAUAAGCAACAAAAUACAGAAUUAUAGCCGAUUGUAUUUAUGAUACUGUGAAAAAGAACUGGUGAAAAAGGGAUUGUAUUUAAAUAUUCCAAUGUUUGAUCCUUGAUCAUCAUUCCGACAUCAUUUGUGAAAAUGGACUGUUCCUCCUUCUUGUCAACCAGACUGACUUUGUCGUGUAAGGAGGUUGAUACACGUUAAUUAAUUUUAUUAAUGAACAUCAUAGUAUAUCCAAGUUCUGAGGAUCAUGAAAUAAAAUGAAACCAAAUA